AAAAAAGUCUCUUUUUUUGGCAGAGUUUUUUCCGUGUGUGUGGGGAUUUUUGAAGUGUGGCAUACGACUGCCCUCAUUGUGUUUUCUUGUUUGAAUUCCAUUGGGACAUGCAAAAAAGUAAUAGUCAAAAAGGUGUUCGAUUUCGUCACUUUUAUAGUAGGAUUCUACACGUGUUGAUGGGAUUAUCCUGGGCGGUUUUUUUUCCGUAAGUUCUUUUUUUGAGCACAGUGUGGAAUGUCAAAGAGGAAAAGAACAUCCCCACGUUUUCUUAAAGAUUCAAAACUUUCAUUUACUUGUAGCAUUAUAAAAGAAAGUGGGGAUUGGGGGCUCCCUUCUUUGUGUGUGUGAUCCUUACGAACGCACAGGCACUGUUUUCUUUUUGUCCCUCAUAGAUUUCGUUUCUUGUCUUGCUGUGACUCUACAGUCGGCAAGUCAAACGAAUAAACAACCGCAAUCAUGGUCAAGGUUACGGAACUAUUGACCUUGGCGCUCUUGUCUGUGGCCACUGUGGGUGCCAUUAACCCAGCGAGCGUGCCUGAGCAGUCGCAGCAUGCACGGUAUCGAGCAGCUCCCCGGGGAUCCUUAUUGUCUGUUGUCCCCGUUGAUGGUGCAGAGUUCCUGGCAGGCCAGCAUUAUGACAUUUCCAUUGAGUUGCACGCCGUGGACACCCAGACACCGCCCCCGUUCACUGCACUCCAGGCUACCAUCAACGGCCAGCCUUUUGAAAACUUUUUUAGCAAGUCCUAUUCACCGGUCGAGACAUGGAAUUACACGUACUUUGUCGACAGUGCUGCGCGCGAUUCCCACAAACAGACUCUUGUCGGUGUGAGCCGGAUUGCACUUCGCAGUGUCAAGAUUGACAAGGCCGGGGAAUACAAGGUGUCUGUUCAAGUAGAUGGUGGAAAGGAGAAAGUCGAGGCUGUUUGGAAGGUUCGAAGCUUUGGUGCAAAGAGGUGGGUCAAGAACUUGGUGUUGUUUAUUGGUGAUGGUAUGGCGCCGACCAUGAUUUCAGCUGCUCGUUACAUUUCCAAGCAGACCACUUUUGGCAAAUUUGGCACAAACUUUCUCAACAUGGAACUCCUCGGUGCCAUUGGCAAGAUUGCGACAAACGGUCUCGACUCUAUCAUUACUGAUUCCGCCAACUCUGCUCAUGCGUACAACACUGGACACAAGUCUUCCCUCAAUGCUCUUGGAGUCUACCCAGAUACCUCUGGGCCAUCUUUGGACGACCCCAAGGUGGAGACCUUGGCUGAGAUUCUGAGGCGGACUCGACCUGACAUGUGUAUCGGUAUCGUCACGACGGCCGAGGUUCAAGAUGCUACGCCUGCUGCAGUUUUCAGUCAUACCAGGUUGAGGGGUGACAAGGCCAUUAUUACCGAUCAGAUGAUCAACCCCUUCAACUUCCAAAACAUCACCUGGGAUCCCAAACCCGUUAAAGCUGAUGUCUACAUGGGCGGUGGUGGAAAAUACUUUUGCAACACCAACAGCACGGACCCGGCCCAAAAGUCACUUUGCUCAUCCCUCAAAAACCAAGACUAUUACGAAAACUACCGCAAGAACGGAUACACCGUCGUAAAGUCCCAGCAAGAGUUGGAUGCUUACAACGGCAACGGACCCAUUGUUGGAAUCUUUGCGCUGAACAACUUGGAUACCUGGAUUGAGAGGACUUUGUGGAAGGACAAUCUCAAAAUCAUAAAGUCCCACCCGGACGGAAACGGACAGUCUGCGACUGAACAGCCCGGUCUGCAAGCCAUGACGCUCAAAGCGAUUGAAGUCAUGGACCGCCGGUGCAAGGACGGUUGGUUCCUCAUGUCUGAAGGAGCGUCCAUUGACAAGUCGAUGCAUCCGAUGGACUUUGACCGUGGUCUCGCUGAUCUCUUGGAACUCGACCGCACUAUCAAAGCCGUCAAGGAAUACGAUGCCGCACACUACCAGGGUCAAACCGCCAUCAUUGUCACCGCGGACCACUCGCAAGCGUUUGACGUCUACGGCAGCGUAGAUACCCAAUACUUUAACCAACUCCCCUCGAACGACGACCUCAAAAUCGGCUCCAACGCCACCGAAGUGCAAAAGAGCCUUCAAAUACAAAAGCGCUUUGCCAUUGGCGGUGCAUGGGAAACGGGCUGGCCCACCCUCAUUACAGAUCCGACAACGGAUGUACCGACUCUAGAAACAAUUGAAGCACCCCGGUACAAGCUCGCAGCAGGCAAAGUGGAUGCAGUCCCUCACCACGAAGACUUUCAAAUCCGAAAGAAACCCUCCCCAAACACGACACCUCUCACCCGCGAACCGGCUAUUGUUGACAAGGGCCUCAGCGCGAUUUUCGGAAAAGAUGUUGGAGUGCCUAACCCUGCCGAUGAUAACCUAGAUGGCCACGGCUCCAUCUCUGUAUCGCCCAACUUGAAUCCAGAGGAAAUUGUCAGUCAGCACUCACUUCAAGCUGUCGAUUUGUACUGUGCCGGACCCGAUCAUGUUAAGAUGAGGUGUUCGAGAGUGAUGGACAAUACAGAGUUGUUUUUCAUUAUGGCGGAUGCUCUUGGAUUGGGUUCCGAUAGCUCCAAUUCGGAACUUCCCCCAGGUUCCGUCUCCUCAUCAAUGCACAGCGCCGUCCCCUCAGCGCUGUUGACAACCGUCCUCGUCGGUCUGGUUGCAAUGUUAUUCUAGUCUCUUGAGAAAAAAAAAACGUACAUUU